UUAUUUUCGCAUGUCGAUAAAUAGUUUUAAUGAAUUGUUUGACAUCUUGAAACCUCAUAUCGAAAAGCAAAAUACUAACUGGAGGAAGUGUAUAUCAGCAAAAGAAAGACUGGCCGUAUUUUUAAGGUACCUUGCAACAGGAGAUACUUAUAAAACAAUUGGACAUUCAUACCGUAUGGGGUUUACAACUGUUGGUUCAAUAGUGAAGGAAGUAAGUCAAGUAGUAUGGAAAACAUUACAACCAAUAUAUAUGCCAGAGCCCACUCAAAGAACAUGGAAGGAGGCAGAGGCUGGUUUCAAUGAGAAAUGGAGAUUUCCAAAUUGUAUUGGUAGUAUUGAUGGAAAACAUGUUUAUAUAAAAUGCCCGCCUAAUACGGGAACAUUACAUUUCUGCUAUAAACAAAGAUUCUCUAUUGUGUUGCUUGCGGUCGUGGAUCCAGAUUACAAAUUUAUUUUGAUUGACGUUGGCAGCUAUGGAAAAGACAGUGAUAGUACGAUUUUUCAAAGGACGUCAUUCUAUCAGAAAAUUAUUAACAAUCAGCUGAACAUUCCUGAGUCAAAGCCGUUGCCAGGUCGAGAAAAGCCAGUGCCUCAUGUUUUUAUUGGAGACGGGGGUUUCAAAUUAGAAACAUUUUUGAUGAGACCUUUCCCAACUAAUAUAACCACACAGGAUGAAAGAAAGAAAACAUAUAAUAAGAGACUGAGUAGUGCAAGACGUGUCGUGGAGAGCACAUUUGGCAUUUUGGCUCAAAAAUGGCGGGUAUUUUUUAAGCCAAUAGAACUCAAUGUAGACACUGCUGUUGAUGUUGUAAAAGCAGCGUGCUGCUUGCACAACUACCUCAGAGUAAAAGGAGAUUGUCACAUCCAUGAUGAUGAACCAGAGAUAAAUAACGAUCAACAAAAUACCGCCUUUCAAUCUUUUCGUCGAACAAAUACGAAUAGAACAAAUAAUACAGCAUAUGCAAUUCGAGAUGAAUAUAUUACUUAUUUUAAUCAAUAGGUGUUAUAAUAUAC